AUGACCAAAGACCCGGACGAGGCUGAUUUUUUCUUCGUCCCUGGUUUCGCAUUGUGCCUUCAAGUCGCGGGUUAUUACACCUUAGAGGAGUUAGACCGAAUCUACAGUGCUCUGAUGUCGAAAUUGACGUACUUUUAUGGUGGUCAACAUUUUGUGGCGAUCAUUCACAUUCUCGGCAUCUUGGUCCCCUUUUCCCUUGUAUUCUCGUGAAAUAAAAGGUAAGUAAUGCUACAAGGUAAGUAUUAUUCCUAGGAAAUGCUACAAGGGUAGUAAAGCGGCCAAGAUGAGGGGGCCGAGAUGCAAUCUCGCAGACUCUAAUACUUUUCACGGAACGGAGGACGCGACCAUAUCUUCACGUUUCACUACCAAGACGUGUUUCGCUCGUGGCGAAAGUACAUUCCGCACAGCAUAUUCUUGACGCCGGAGAUUAUGGCUGCUGGGAAUGGAUUGAGCAUGAUUUCUAGAGCAUUCACUAAGAGGAAUGAACAGAGUCCUAAGUGAAGUAAAGAAGGCUUCGACACGACUUUUCCUACGAAAUGUCGCAACUAUGCAUAUACGCAAACGCAGUCUUUCAUCAACCCUUUCUAACAAACCGGAAGUAGGUUUUGAGCUAUCCAUAUCGGAGUUAGGAUACGACCCAACGAGGCAGCCGGUCUUUGACACGCGGAAGGACAUUGUGACGCCGCCUUUCAUGGAGUUCAAGCACGUUCUUGGCCUCUUGACGUUUAACCGACCAAUACGGGCGCGGAAUAUAUUUUUAUGACAAGGUUACGCUUGGAUUGCGAAGAGCGUAGUGUCCGCCUGCUGCAGUGGCAACUACCAGAAGUAGAAGAUUACAAUUGCGACAUUUUCUUAUGAUGUUUUCAUCUUCGAGUAAAAUUAAAUCGUACUAACUGGCCCCUCCUGCCUCAAGAACAUCGUUCCUUCAGUCACAACUGCCUCAUCGCUCUAAAACCUGCCAGUUUCGCAGGCAAGCUCUGGGCGGACGUUGCAGAGGCCUAUGAGGUGCGCAGUAGCAUGAAGAGAGAACUCUCUCAGUACGAAGACUGUCACAUUCAUGCUGAGAAUUCGAUGGCUCAACUCUUGCGUAGUCGGGAAAUGUACGCUCUUAUGUUAUGAAUAAUGGGAAUAGGAAAUAAUGCUCGUGCUCGUCAUGAAGAGUCAUGAAAGAUCAUUCGAGAUUGUAAAACAACUUACAAAGUCUUUAAAUAGAGGCAUGAAUCUUGUCAAUGUCACUUAUCUUCACCUGUGUGACGCAAAACCAUUGUUCUGAUUCUAAUCCAAGGCGACUCCCGCUUCUGUUUAGUCCCACGGGGUCGGGCUGCUUGGUCCGUCCGGUUUUUCGAAACUAUGUGGGCUGGGUGCGUGCCUGUGAUACUGUCGGAUCACUUCGAGACGCCAUUUGAAGGCCUAUUCGACGUAAGCAAAUUCGCUAUAAAGUGGCCUGUUGCGAAGAUGGGGGAGUUGUAUGUUAUGGCGAAACUUGUAGUGUCUCUACGAGAAGAGACAAAGGAAUUAAGAUUUUUUUUUGGUUUUGACGUUGAUGUCGUGCUGGAAAAUAGAGAGAAAAAUGACAGUAACUUGAAGUUCUGAACUCUAAGUAGAACUACCUGAAGAAAAUACCACUCUGGAGACUAGAGAGGAUGCUGGGAGAAGCAGCGCGGAUACGAUGCUGGUACCUCUACACGCAACCAGAGAUUAGUUGGCUUGGGAAUCCGAAGGAACUACUUAUGGCGUGAGCGGCAUCAAUCAUAAUCAAACACGACACUUCAUUAUAAAUAUUUCAUUUCACCGUGUUCAUCAUAGUCAAACCUCUUCUCUUGCGCACCCACUCACGAGAAGCCUUUCAUACUCAACUCGCAGCACCAACUCGAGGACGUGGUAUGUCCAAAUCUCGGUUCCUCUCGCAACGCGUAUCAGGCAGUGCUCGAGUUGUUGUCCCGGAAAGUGAGGAAGAGCCCGCAGAAUUCAGCAGAUGGGGGUCCGGCGUUCUUUUUUCCCAACGUCGAUGAGAUGGCUCCACUGAUGGAAACAUUAUGGCAACAAAAAUAUCUGAGAUUGAGAUUCUGUCUUAGCCUCUUGCUAAACCUAAAGAGCAAGGAAUUAGCAGCGAUCAUGAUUAGGAUAGGAUACAUUUAUUGGGUACUUCUUUCGACCUCGUCCACCUCUAACGACAGAAGUCCGAGACAAUAAUCUUACGCGUUACGCAACACGCAGUGCGGAGUCGUCGGCUCUGAUACCUGUUUCUCGCUGAUCGGUGCGGUUUCGCGCUGGUUUAUUUUUACAGCAACGCUUGCUUUCGAGUUCUUUUACAGUUUUUUACGAACACCAGGUUCUUGAUCACUUUGCUAUAUCUUGUUACUCGUAGACUGUUCAGGUUCAUGUUAAGCUUGGCAGCAAGAAAAUCCACGCUAUCGAUCGAUUCCUUGACUUCAAAGUAAACACUUCUACAACUUCCAAUGUACCUCUCCUCGGAAUACGAUAGGAAAAGGCGCAGUACACGGAAAC